CCCGUACAUAAUCUCGCCCCUCCCCCUCUCACCUCCCUCCCUCCUCCUGCUACCUCUCCUCACGCGCCUCUGACGACCGUAACGAUCUCCACGAACGCACACGAUGGUCAGCAUCGACAACCACAUCCGCCGCGGACAUCCCGUCAUCUUCGGCUUCAUCAUCUUCUUCAGCAUCAUCGAGCUCGCCAUCUCUGCGUGGCUCGUGAGCCGGUUCAACCUGCGCCAUGACUACCUCUCCAUCGACGUGCGCGACCGCACGCGGUACCUGCUCUUCACCUCCUGCUGGACGAUCUUCUUCUCCCUCUUCUACUUCGCGCUGUUCCUCCACUCCCCGACCGGGGGGAUCAUGACGAGCGUCCUCAGUCAUGCCGUAUUCCUGUUCUUGACCUGGGUAUUGUGGACGGCAGGCGCUGCCGCCAUUACCGCAGCUCUUGGAGGAGGACUGAACUGCUCUGCGCACUUCACGUACUGCGGCCAACUAAAUGCCUUGGAAGGCUUUGCCUGGGUCGUCUGGAUCUUCGUAACCUUCGCACUCCUCGUCGUCUUCUUCCGUGGGAUCUCUGCCUCGCGUCGUGGCGACGGCUACCGUGGAUCCCUCAUUGCGUAAAUCAUCCGGCCCAAACUACUGUUCCUACCCACGCGUCGUACCGAAGUGUGUUGUAUCUUUGCGCGCAAGCUAGCGCGCGUUAUUCCGGGACUAUGGUAUCAUUUGUUCCAUUGUAUCCCUAGUAGUUGUUUAAUACAUUUCAAACAACCAUC